UGUGGAGCUAACGUGCUAACCGCUAACUGAGCUAGCGCAGCUAACCGAAUGUCUCGGCUCUGUUCGGUGUGCAAAUCUCUCCCUCGCUGUAAUGAUCCCGCCGCUGUGAACGUUCUCCGCGGACAUCCAGCCGAAGAUCCGUCCAGAGUUCCGCGUUCCCGACUGCCAAAUAAGGUGUGAAUGACUGACGUGGUGCCGUCCACCGCGCUCACCGAAAUCAAACUCCGACUCCUGUGCCAAGAUGACAUAGACAGUGUUAAAGUGCUGUGUGGCGAUUGGUUCCCCAUCGAGUAUCCUGACUCGUGGUAUCAUGACAUCACGUCGAACAAGAAGUUCUUUUCCCUGGCAGCAACCUUCAAAGGUGGCAUCGUGGGGAUGAUCGUGGCAGAAAUAAAGAGCAGGACAAAAGUGCACAAAGAGGAUGGAGACAUUCUGGCCUCCAGCUUUCCUGUUGACACUCAGGUCGCCUACAUUCUGAGCUUAGGAGUGGUGAAGGAGUUUCGAAAACAUGGAAUAGGCUCCCUGUUGCUGGACAGUCUGAAGGAGCACAUCUCCACUGCAGCGCAGGACCACUGUAAGGCCAUCUACCUGCACGUUCUCACCACCAACCUCACGGCCAUUCACUUCUACGAGAACAGAGACUUUAAGCAGCAUCAUUAUUUGCCCUAUUAUUACUCCAUCCGAGGGGUGCUGAAGGACGGCUUCACCUACGUCCUGUACAUCAAUGGUGGACAUCCGCCUUGGACCAUCUUUGAUUAUAUUCAUCAUAUAGGAUCUGCGCUGGCCAGCUUAAGCCCAUGUUCCAUUCCACAGAGGAUCUACCGGCAAGCACAGAGUCUCCUGCGCAGCUUUCUGCCGUGGUCCAGCAUCUCAUCCAAGAGCGGCAUUGAGUACAGCAGAACCAUGUGAGAGGCUCGCGUAAAGGAAUACUGCAGACACUUUAUAACCUAAUCUGCAUUUACUCUCUGUGUGUGUGUGUGUGUGUGUGUGUGUGUGUGGAGUAUACAGGCUUCAUGUCCUUUUUUAUGUUUGUGGUAAUCACACACACACACACACACACACACACAUACACACACACUACGGAUUGACGUGAGCAUUUUUAUCUCAACAGCCGAGAACGUUUGCUGUUUUCUUUCCGUCCUCCAGCUGAAGGACGGAACUCUUUCCGUCUUCACGAACCUCAGCGUCGCUAAUUUUUACUCAAACUCCGUCUCGGCCCGUCCAGGUCGUGUGUAAUAUCUGUACAUAAAAUCCUCAUGAUUAAUAUAUGCAUCGUCUUUAUCCCACUCUCCUGUUCACGUGACCCCCUGAGGAGAACCUCAUGCCUGUAAAAACGCUGCUAGCUAGAAAAUCUUCUUUAGUCACGUGUGACUGCCCGGGAUAACGAGGCGUAAGGACGACAGUCCCGCACGUGUCGAGCCGGGUUUCACACAAAGCUCUCGUCAUGUUGUUAUUUUAUCAUUUUUUUUUUAAUCGUGUUUAUUCAUGAAAAGUUUUUAGUGAUGUUUUAAUCUGUAGAUCAAUCGCCCAAGAAAUCACUUCUGACCUUUUUAUUAAAUCUCAUCUGUAAUCAUCAACACCCUCAGACACAGAGUCGUGGUUUUCUACGCAUUAAAACGUGAAUGUAACACAGAGUGAAAAGGAGGAGAAAAUCAGGGAUUUCCCAAAACGAAUAAAUGUUGGAAUGAGUUGAUCGUUGCUCGGUAGACACGUGACUGACGUACACGCGUAAUAACCAGACUUUUUUUUUUUAAUGAUUGUCAAAUUAUAAUUUAUUGUCGCUUUUUUAAAAACCUUUUGAACCUUUUGUUUUACUCGAAACCUGAAAUCUUUUUUUUUUUUUUCUCUCAGACAAAUGAACUGAAGUGACCUGUGUGAGAAAGUGAUCAGACGUUAAUACGAGCGGUAUAUUGACUUCCUGUUUCAGGUUCCACUAUGUCAGGAGAGCAGUGUUGUGGUUGAGGAGAUAGAUAGGCAGCUAUUUCUACUUAUGGGUCGGUCGUCUGUAGCCCCGUCUGAGGCUCGAAUGCAAAUCCUGAAAAGGGAAGAGAAAAUGUGUAACGAUUGGUGUGAAACCCACAUGAAGGCCCUGAUCUCGUUUCGAUCCACCAAGCAGCAGAUUCCAGACGUUCACGUUUCCUCCCGCGAGGUUCGCGUUGUCUGAUUUAAACCUGUUUAAACAUCUGUUUUUGUUUGGAAUAAAUGUUAUCACGUGUUACUUCAUGUGAUUUUUUUUAUUUUAUUUUAUUUAAUUUUUUUAUAAAUGAUUUUAAGAUCUGAAUUUUAAGUGCAUGAAGCCCUGUACAAGAGCUCCCUCAACUGGUCAUAAUUGUAAAGUGAUGAAUUUUACUAUUUAUUUGACGCCUCUGUUAAAUAUCUCGAUCGAACAAGAUGUCUCGUGUCUUUACUGCGUUUCUUUUGUACCAAGCUUGACUCUCGUUUUAUAUAUAUAUAUAUAUAAUUUGUGUAUCUGUUUGUUUAAAUCAUUUCGAUUCGGUCGUUUAUUCACAAAGUCGGUGUGAGAAAGAAGACGAGGAAAUAAAAGACGUAAAAACA